AUGUUAUCUGUGACCUGGGGCAUGAGGCUAGUGGAAAGACCUGUGGUCCCCAGGGUCCUCCUCUUGCUGUUUGCAAUCUGGCUGUUCCUCCUGGUUCCAGUCCGGUGUCCUCAAGGCCAUCCCACUUGGCGUUACAUCUCAUCGGAGGUGGUUAUUCCUCGGAAGGAGGCCUAUCAUAGCAAGGGAAUUCAAGCACAAAGACGGCUCUCGUAUAGCUUGCGUUUUAGGGGCCAGAGACAUAUCAUCCACCUGAGAAGAAAGACACUUAUUUGGCCCAGACACUUGUUGCUGACAACUCAGGAUGACCAAGGAGCCUUACAGAUGGAUUAUCCUUUUUUCCCUGAAGAUUGUUAUUAUAGUGGCUACCUGGAGGGGAUCCCUGAAUCUAUGGUCACUGUGGAUACUUGUUAUGGGGGCCUGUCAGGGGUCAUGAUGUUGGAUGACCUUGCCUAUGAAAUCAAACCCCUCAAUGAUUCACAGAGGUUUGAACAUGUUGUCUCUCAGAUAGUAGCUGAGUCUGAUGUAACAGGGCCUAUGGAUGCAUGGAAGCACUUGAGUCAUAAUACAGGUCCUCCCUUCUCCAAAAUGGAAUCCGCCGAUGGAACUCCCAGAAUUUCUAGUAAGAACUAUGCUACACAUCCAGCUGCUAUAAAAGGCCAUUUUGCAAUGGCCCAUACUUUAUAUGAUAAUAUAAGCUCUAGCAAUUCGGGUAACUUUAAUAUUGUUGUGGCAUAUUUGUUUAAACUCAUUAGUUUAACGGACACCUUUAUGACCAAAAUUCAUGUGCGGUACUACGUCUUUCUCAUGACUGUGUAUACUGCAGGGGACCCGUUUAUACAUGACUUCAGUGAAUCAGGGGAUGCUCGUAGGUACUAUUAUAGAACCUUCUAUAGUAAUUUUUUUCCUGAUGCAUCAACCUCAGUUGAUGUGGAUAAGCCAUCAGAUGACGAUUUCGUUCCCACAGAAAGAAGUCUAUGUACUCCCUCAGCCUUAAGUUUUGUUGGUCAACAUAAGAGACAUUAUAUAGGUUUAUCUGUUUUCAUUACCAAUCGUAUUGGAAGGCUUUUAGGUUUAAAAUAUGAUGAUGAGAAUUACUGUGUCUGCCAGAGAAGGGCCACCUGCAUUAUGUACAAGAAACCUGAAAUAACAGAUGCGUUCAGCAAUUGUUCUUUUUUGGACAUAAGUGAAAUAGUUAAUACCCCUGAGCUGAUGCCAUGUCUUUACUAUGACCGCCAUGUUUAUUAUAACAUAACACAUACCUAUCGUUAUUGUGGAAACUUCAAAGUAGAUGAAGGUGAACAGUGUGACUGUGGCUCACAUAAGGCAUGCUAUGAAGAUCUCUGCUGUGGAAGUGAUUGCAAGCUCACACCUGGUAGCAUUUGUGAUAAAGAACUAUGCUGUGCAAACUGCACCUUCAGCCCUUCUGGGGUACUCUGCAGACCCAUCCAGAACAUAUGUGAUCUUCCAGAGUACUGUAAGGGGAAUAACUACCUUUGCCCAGAUGACACUUAUCUGCAAGAUGGGACACCAUGCUCAGAAGUGGGUUACUGCUAUCAAGGUAACUGCACUGACCGAGAUGUACAGUGCAAGCAUAUCUUUGGUGUAAGUGCUACAGAUGCUAAUCCUACGUGCUAUGACAUCAACAAAGAAAAAUUUCGAUUUGGACAUUGUACUAGAUUGCCAGAAAGCCUCACAUUCAAUGCUUGCAGUGAGGAAAAUAAGCUGUGUGGAAGGUUGCAGUGUACCAAUGUCACCAAUCUUCCCUUCUUGCAAGAACAUGUUUCAUUCCAUCAGUCGGUUAUCUCUGGGUUUACCUGCUUUGGGCUGGAUGAACAUCGUGGGACAGAAACAACAGAUGUUGGAAUGGUGAGACCUGGUAGCCUGUGCUCCACAACUAAGUUCUGCAAUCAAGGAGCUUGCAGUGGAAGUUUAUCUCAGUUGAAUUACGACUGCACCCCUGAAAAAUGCAAUUUUAAAGGAUUGUGUAAUAAUCAUCGGCAUUGCCAUUGUCAUUUAGGUUGGAAACCUCCGAAUUGCAAGGAAGAGGGACCUAGUGGGAGCACAGAGAGUGGGUCCCCUCCAGUUCGAAGGCGCACAAUAAGCCAGAGCCAAGAACCAGUAGUAUUUUUAAGAAUGCUCCUUGGUCGUGUUUAUCUCUUGCUUGUCUCAUUGCUCUUUGGCAUAGCCACUCGUAUGAGAGUUAUUAAGGUUUAUACGGUUGGAGAAUUGCAAGCUGCUUUACGUUCUGGACCAGGAAGACGACCAAUGUAA